GACUAUUCACUGCCUUAUACACCACAGUCUGCACAAUGCAAAGAUCCCAGCACUGAAUUCUAUGAAGAACUACUUAAUAAAUGUUGCAGCCAGUGCCCUCCAGGUCAAUAUAAGACAGAGAGCUGCAGUUACACUGUGGACACAAAGUGCAGUCCCUGUAGACCUAACACAUAUACAGAAAUCUGGAAUCUGUCUCCUCAGUGCUUUGCGUGCUCACCACCCUGCAGGAAAGGAUUUGUGCAGAAUCAAACAUGCACUACAUCACAGGACAGAAUCUGCAGCUGCCCACCCAAUAAGUAUUGCAUUUCAAAAAUAUACAAGUACUGCAGAAUAUGUAAAGUGCAUAAAAAAUGUAGAAAAGGUUACCGGGUUUCCAGGAGAGGGACAGAGAGCACAGACACAGAAUGUAAACCUUGUCCUCCUGGCACUUUUUCACAUGAGGAAUCUUAUGACACCAGCUGCAUACCACAUAAAGUUUGCAAAUCAGUGGCUAUUCCUGGAAACAGCAUAAAUGACACUGUUUGCAGGGACUCGGGAACAGCAGUUGCCACAGUUCUACCUAACACUGUUUUCAACCUGCUCCUGACUCAGAGCUCAGCUUCUAACAGACCUGAAAUAAUUACUCGACCUGUCACUUUAAACUCUGCAUCUGACAAUUCUCACAUCAUCGGAUCAGUAGCAGGGCCAUUGUUAUUGUUCCUGAUAAUCAGUAUUCUGGGGUAUUGCUUAGUCUCCAAAAAAAAAGCCCCUGUAUUCUCUCCACCAGCCACAGAAGCAAAUUCGCCUUCUUCCCCCACAGAAAAGCAGUGUGACAAAAAAGUAAGAAAUACAGGACUGCAAAACUCCAGCAGUUCCAACCACGAGGAACAGCAUCUCCUGCAAACUUCUGGGUCCAGCAGCAGCUCCCUGAAUUAUCCAACUGGAUCUGCAAGAGUCAGUGUAAUAAGCAACAAGAACAAUGAAAAGAAAAAAACAGAAGGAUUUCAGCAGCAACAUUCAGCUGCAGAAGGAUGUAAGUGUCACAGCGGAGUCAGACACAACUCUGCGAGUUCAGGGCAUCCUGGUAACGGAGGAACGCAGGUGAAUGUGACUUGUAUUGUUGAAGUAUGCAGUCCAGACUGCAGUUCCCAGUUCCCAGAACAGACUAGUUCAACUAGCAUGGAUUAUGGAAACGCUCUCUAUCAUUCCCCAACAGGGGAAGAAAUUCCCCUUUCAAGAGAAGAACACCUCUUGAAAAAAGAAACUGAAAUUCAGCUCUCAGUGGAAAAUGAGGACAAUUUACUUCAAGGCUCACUGCCAGAAGAAGAGAAGUUUCCUCUGAGUAUUGAAGAUGCAGGGAUGAAAACCAGUUAA